UGUCAAUCACAGCUGUUUAUAUCAGCGUUGUUAGGUGGAAUUUCCCCGGUUACGCCGCGUUUCACGGCUCGGAUCGCGAUUCGCUGCGACGCACGGCGACGACAGGGAAGCAUGUUAAGCGAGUAGGCGGAUAUGGACGGAAAGGGCCCGUAUCGGAUCUAUGACCCAGGUGGGAGCGAGAGUCAGGCCAAAGAGGAGGCCAGCAGCUAUCGGCAACUCCUGGAGGAGAACAGUGUCCUGAGAGAGCGUAUGAAGGGCCUGAAGAGCCUGGGAGACCUGCUGGAGGAGUCUCAGACCGAGGCGUCUAAACUGCGGAAGCGCGUGGAGGAGCUGGUCCGGGAUAACGAAGCUCUGAAGUCCUCCACCUCCAGCUACGCUUCUAAUGUGUGUAUGGGAGCGCCUGUUCAGACGGACACACAAGGUCAUGGGAAGCUUCUCAGUCACCCUGCAUCCGUCAGAGCUGACCCUCGCGAGUGUUUGACUGGAAAAAGCGUUCAGCCCGAGGCAACCGAGCCGUCCUCUCAGUUUGAACUGGUGAACAUGGAGGACAAGACGGUCACAGAGACUCAGACGGCUGGUGUCCUGCCCUUACCGCAGGAGAAUACAGAGCUGGCCAGUCAGCUGCAGCGGCUGGAGAGCUCCUUUAGCGUGUUUGCAGAAGAGUCCAACCCCAAUCAGCUCCUGGCUCACCUGGGACGCAUGGCUGUGGAGUUCCACCACCUGUCCUCUAAAGUGCAGAAGAAUGAGCAGAGAACAUCACUGCUACAGACACUUUGUGAGCAGCUGAGGCAGGAAAAUAACGAGCUUAGGAAAAAAAUGGAGGAGGACCUUCAGUAUCGGAAUCGUGACCUGGAGCAGCUCAGGCAGGAGAAUCUGAAGCUGAGGGAACAGGUAAACGGAAAAACGGAGGCGGUCCAGACCGAGUCACCUGAGUCCAAAGAAGAGCCCAAAGAGGAAGCUACAAAGGCCAAACUGGAGAUGGCCAUGACUCAGCAGGCUGGCAAAACUGUGGAGAAAACCCCGUCCAAGACCCUGGACCCAGAAGUGUACGAGAAGAAGAUCAGGCUGCUGGAGAAGCAGAGGAGAGACGUGCUGGAGGUAAACAAACAGUGGGACAUUCAGUGGAACUCGAUGAAGGCGCAGUUUGAGCAGAAGAUUACAGAUCUGCGGCAGCGGCUGGCAGACUCCCAGAAGGCCGUGCUGGAGCUGGAGGCUGAGAGGGAGCAGAGACAGAGAGACUACGACAAGAAACUGCUGCUGGCCAAAUCCAAAAUCGACAAUGUGCAGGGUGAAAAGGAGUGUUUGACGUCGGAGUCCUGUGAACUGAAGCAGAAGGUUCGGUACCUGCAGGAUCAGCUGGUUCCUCUGACUAAACAGCGGGAGUACCAGGAUAAGGAGAUCCAACGCCUUAACCGGGCUCUGGAGGAAGCGCUGAAUCUGCACACUCCCGCGGCUCACGCUGGGACGAAUCUGGGAGAGGGAGUUCUAAACCUGCGCCAACAGGAGCUUCACACACAGAUCGCUGUCCUCAAAGAGCAGGUGAAAAUCUUCGAGGAGGAUUUCCGGAAGGAGCGCAGUGACCGGGAGCGAAUGAAUGAAGAGAAAGAAGACCUGAGGCGGCAGGUGGAGCGGUUACAGGGUCAGAUGACCAAUCUGACCAAUCAGCUCCAUCAGGCUCAGAACGAGUGUCAGAGAGAGAGGGCAGAGCGAUGUAAACUGGAGAGACUGCAGAUGCAGCAUAAUAAGCAGGAGGGGCAACCAGAGCGAAGGACGUCUGACCCCACUUCAACCGCACCCAAUGGCCCCCUGAGCCCACCGUACUGUGGCCCCUUUGUGCAGGUGGGUCACCAAGGCCUCGAGGCCUGGCCCAUCCACUUCCCGCCCAGAAUGCCCACGCUGAGCACGGCACCGGGCCGAGAUUUCCAGCCUGUCAACCCGGGUUUUCCUUGGCAGUCAUCAUUCCCUCAGCCACGGGGUUCCAGAGGUCAACCAGAUCCAGCAAGAGCUCCUCCAGAAAAUGCAGAAGCAGGAGCAGCCGGCUUUGGGAAGCGCGAUCGUCAGAAUGCUGCGGACCCUGGAAAGCACUAACCACCGCUUCAGCCCCGCUCCACUGGCACCCAGCUAGUAGCAUGAUGCCAUUUAUCUUUCUGUUGGCAUGGUGUGAAAAAACUUUCUUUUUUUGUUGUUGUAGUUUGUUUUCUUUGUUUUUGUUUGUUUGUUUGUUUUUCUUUAUUCCCCCCCUUAGUGUGUGUGUGUAAGUAUGUAUGUAUGUAUGCGUGUGUGCACGCGCAAUUGAGUGUAUGUAUGUAUGUAUGUAUCCGUGUGCGUGUGUAUGUACAUAUAUAAAUAUCUAUCUCCUUCUGACGAAAUGUUGUUUAUAUAAUUAAGUUUUAUAAGCCUAUUGUGAAACACUGUUCUGGCAAAUUCUGAAUAUAUAUAUAUAUACAGUAUAUAUAACGUAUAUAUAUACAUUUAUUAUGUUACCUUUUUAAUAUUAAGGGUUAAACUCUGCUUUAUAUACAGCAAUUCUAUGCAGGAACUGAAGUCAGAAAUUUAAUGGAUGAAAGGAUGAAAAUAAUUCAGUAAGACAGUAUACCUGCAGAGUUCAGUGAGGACCAGUAUAGAAAUGAAAAAGCUUAUUUAAUUGUAAGUGAUGGUACCUGAUAGUACUGGUGGUUUAGCAGGAGUAUGGCCUGUUUGCAUUGGGAAAUAAACGGUCUGGUUAAUGUAAAGAGCUGCUUUCUGCAGUUGGGAUGUAUUUUUGUGUUUUUGGAGAUCUGCUGAGAGCUGGUCUGAUUGUGAAAUAUAAAGCAGCAGUGGUGUAAAUCCCGCUGUCCUGGAGCUCUGUAGGUAAAUUGUCUUGCUAAUGUUCCACAGUAGAAUGUAUCUCUAUUUAUUCAGUGGUCCGAGUCGUGAUGGCCACUCGUUAUUCUGUUUAAUGCAUCCACACGCCGGUUACCGAGCAGUGACCGAACACCCAUUCAGUACACGUCAUUUCCUAAAGCCAUAUACAGCACUUCUCAGCCUGCUCCACGCCACUGAAACCCAAUCAUCACUGAGAGCGUUUACAUGCACUAAAAAAAUCCUGUUCAUAAUCAGAUGAGUAGUAUGAUAAGUAGCAAUCUGAUAAAAAAGCUGGAUUUUGCUCAGUAAUGGUAUUUCUCAGUUCAUAUAAACUCUUAUCUGGAGUAUUCUGCAAGUCCUAAUUCUGCGCCUGAGUGAAAUCUAUGGAAGCUCAGUUUUGCCACUUGAAAAAAUAAAAUAAGGAUCAUCUAUUAAGUCGUAAUAAUGAGAUACUAAAUCCAAAAGUAUGAAAUAUCAAGUCAUAAUUAUGAGAUAUUAAGCCUAGGGGUAUUAUCUAAUAAUUAUCACUUAGUAUCUCAUAAUAAUGACUUUGCAUCUUGUAAUUAUGACUUAGUAUCUCAUAGUUAUGAUUUGCUAUGUCAUAAUUAGGACUUGCUACCUCGUAAAUAUGCCUUGGUAUCUCAUUGUGACUUACUAUCUCGUAAUUAUGAAUUAGCAUCUUGUAAUAAUGACUUACUAUCUCAUAAUUGACUUAGUGAGUCAUAAUUACGAGAUGCUAAGUCAUAAAUACGAGAUUAUAAGUCAUAAUAACAAGAUGCUACCUCAUAAUUAAGACUUACUACCUUGUAAUUAUGACUUAUUAUCACUUAUCUCGUAAUUGUGAUUAUCUAAAAAUUAUGAUUUAGUAUCUCUUUUCAUGACUUGAUAUCUCGUAAGUAUGACUUACUAUCUCAUAAUUAAGACUUACUACCUUGUAAUUAUAACUUAACAUCUCGUAAUUUUAAUUUGGUAUCUCGUAAUUUUAAUUUGGUAUAUCGUAAUUAUGACUUGGUAUCUCGUAGUUAUGACUUAGCAUCUCAUUAUAGUGUCUUGAUAUCUCAUAAUUAUGACUUAAUUAUGAGUAUCUGGGUGGAAAUGGGCUUCCAUAGAAGACAGAACCUGGUAGUGGAAAUAAGCGAGUAGCGCGAAGCAAGAAUCUGAUUAUUGUCAGACUCAUGAAAAAUGUUGUGAUUUCCCAUAAGUUCAUGUAAACAAGCUGAUCAAAUUACUAAAAAAAGAUGUUUUGUAGUAAUCUGGUAAUGAAAUGCAUGUAAACGCACUCAGUGAUGAGCUUAUGUCGUUCAGUACGCCAGUAAUCACUCAACAAAAUGAAAAAUUUGGGAGAUUGGUUUUCAAGAGCUUAGUUUAAUCAAUACUAGCAGUGAUACUUUUCUAAAAAUAAAAAAGGUGACUAUUUGAAGGGAAUCUGCACCAAAUUUGAAUUUUAAAAUGUGUUUUAAUAUAAUGUGUGAUGUUUGAGUCAAAAGUACCUUUUAUUUAAAGUCUAGUUUAAUGAAUACAUUUAAGAUGUAAAUAAAGCAUUUCAGUGUG